AUCUUCACCCAGACAAUCAACACAUCUCUCAUCUCAAUACGAAAAAGAGUCUAUCCCAUCUCAUCUCCCCUACUCGGCCAAAGCAAAACAAUUGUCUUUUCUUCGAGAUUUCCACUACUACGUAAAAAUGAGCUUCUCCACCCUCCUCAUCGCGGCCCUCUUCUCCAGUGCCAUCGCCGCACCCCUAGCCGCACCCCUAGCCGCCUCGUCGAGCCUCGAAAACGGCGUGCCCCUCAGUAUCUGGGGCGGCCAGAGCUGCAACAGCCAAGGCGUAUCAGUCUCGUAUAUUCCCAUAGAUGGCACAUGCUUCGGUACAUCCCCCAUCUUCAGUGGAAACACGGAUUCAUUCCAAAUCACCGCGGAUAACAUUCCGGCUUUGCCUAGUGGAUGCAAAGUUAUUGCAUACGACACCGACGGAUGCCAAGGCAACCAGAUUACCAUCGACCAGGUUGGCGGCGAUUGCAAGUCAUUUGGUUCGUUUGCGCCGAUUCGCUCGGCCCAGGCUGUUGGGUGCAACUAGACGAACACACGUUCUUCUACGAACAAAAAAAAGGCCGAGGUACUAGAAACAAAACGCGAUGGUCGAAAAGUCAUGUCUUGAUGAAAUAAAAAAACUCACAAUAGUAGCAGUGGUAAAGGGGGAAGGAAUGCGGUAUAUGAACGAAAUAAUGCGAUUUAGAAUAGUUUGAAUGAGUAAUGAUUAGAACAUUCCUUAUAUG